UCGCUUCCCACAGGCCCUGGCGCCCACAGCAGAGCUCCGCACCAGGAACAAGGCAAGCUCAGCCUGCAGCUUCCCCGUGUCUCGCUAUCGCUGGCGCUUCUGUGAUCGUUGCCCCGAGGCUGCAGGGGCACUACCAGAUUGUGCAAAGACCCUGUCUCUCUGCACAAAUACCCCAGGUCUCUCCCACGACAAUGUCUUCCAUUAAGAUCGAGUGUGUUUUGCCAGAGAAUUGCCGAUGUGGUGAGUCUCCAGUAUGGGAAGAAUCAUCCAACUCUCUGCUCUUCGUAGACAUUCCUGCAAAAAAGGUGUGCCGUUGGAAUUUGCUCACCAACCAAGUGCAGCGAAUGACCGUGGAUACCCCAGUCAGCUCAGUGGCCCUCCGCCAGUCAGGAGGCUAUGUCGCCACAGUUGGAACAAAGUUCUGUGCUUUGAACUGGGAGGAUCAAUCAGUAGUUGUGCUGGCUACAGUGGAUAAAGACAAGAAAAAUAAUCGAUUCAAUGAUGGGAAGGUGGAUCCCGCUGGGAGAUACUUUGCUGGUACCAUGGCCGAGGAAACAGCCCCAGCAGUACUUGAGCGACACCAAGGGUCCCUGUACUCUCUCUUUCCUGACCACCAUGUGAAGAAGUACUUUGACCAAGUGGACAUUUCCAAUGGGUUGGAUUGGUCCCUGGACCACAAAAUCUUUUAUUACAUUGACAGCCUAUCCUACUCUGUGGAUGCCUUUGACUACAACCUGCAGACAGGACAGAUCUCCAACCGAAGAAGUGUUUACAAGCUGGAGAAAGAUGAGCAAAUCCCAGAUGGAAUGUGUAUUGACACUGAGGGGAAGCUUUGGGUGGCCUGCUACAAUGGAGGAAGAGUGAUUCGUUUAGAUCCUGAGACAGGGAAAAGACUCCAAACAGUGAAGUUGCCUGUUGACAAAACAACUUCAUGCUGCUUUGGAGGAAAGGAUUACUCUGAAAUGUAUGUCACCUGUGCCCGGGAUGGAAUGGACUCUGAGAGUCUUCUGAGGCAACCUGAAGCUGGUGGAAUUUUCAAGAUAACUGGCCUGGGGGUCAAAGGAAUUGCCCCCUAUCCCUACGCUGGAUGAGUAACAGAUUUUCCUUCAUGCUGAAUGAGGCUUUGAAGACAAGCAGAGAAUACUGGGGCUGAAAUUUCAAUCUAGAUUAGAAAAAUGAAGCAAUGAUAUUAACAGGGUUAAAUUUUGAUUUUACAAUUUUGGGGUACUAGUGAUUGAACUCAGGGCCUCAUGCAUACUAAGUACAUGCUUUUUCCCCUAAGCUAUAACCCUGCCACAUUAAUUUACAUUUUUUUUUAAAGUAUAGCAUUUUUAACAGGGGAUGUCAGGUGGUUUUGUUAACACACUCUAAGACUUUCAGUAAAAGGUCUUAUAAAAAUGCAAAGAGUUGUUCAACUAUCAGGGGUUGGGGAUGUGGCUCAAGUAGUGGCGCACUAGCCUGCCAUGCAUGAGGCACUGGGUUCGAUCCUCAGCACCACAUUAAAAAAAGAUUAAAUAAAGAUUAAAAAAAAAAAAGAGUUGUUCAACUAUCAACCAGCCUCUUAACUUUUACAAGUAUCUCAGGGUGGUUGGAAUGGGACCAUAUCUGUUCUUUAUUCUGCAUUCCCUACUUACUUUAUCUAAAGAUUCAAAAACUAAUAAACAGAAACUUGAUAAUGAUUUAUUACAA